AUGCAAACGCGGAGGGGCGAACCGGAGAGGCACCCUCGAGUGGAAACAACAGCCAUCAAGGCAGAAGCCCUGGAUAGGCUAGUGGAAAGACACGACCAUACCACCAACGCCUUCGGGGUCAAGGCAGGCCGAACUGGGGUUCUGCAUAAAGUACAGGUCGUUGAGGCAUGGAUUGAAAGCAGACCGCCAGAGGUAAAGACGCUGAUCAAAGCAGUGUUUUUUUCCUGGGUGGUCGCCCUGAUAUGUGGCCUUGUUGGGAUGGCUUGGGGGAUUGUGAGAUGGCAGCCACCGAGCAAAUACAUCUCUUGGCAGGUCCUGAACGAGGGAGGGGCUGGUGGGGGUCUGUGCGCCGUUCCGGCCACCAUCUUGCUGGCUAUUUUGAGCCUCCCCUCGCGGGUGAUGUGCUUGAGCCUGGAGGUUCGAAGGACACUCUGUGGUAUCUUGAUUUUCUACGGCGUCAUCUUCGCCAUCAUGUGGAACGCAGGGCUGAUUCAACCUGUCCUGAAUCAGAUUGCCUCCUAUGUUUACAUCUUGGCCUUCGCGGGCUCUCUGGUUGUUGUGGUUCUCGUGGAACUGGCGGAACAUGUACGCUACCAUUUGAGUGGCCCUUUCAUGGCAUUGCAGAGGAUGCAACAGCAGUUCACUCGCUUGGAAACGAAACUCGGGCUUAUCCCGGCGCCUACAGAGGACGACACAGCCGCCACUGCCACCGACACCCAACGAGAUUGA